UUACACGUGCCUCACGCUUAUCUUUCCACGUCAUCACUGUCUCUCUUUGCUUUAUCACCUCAUUUUCUCUCCUCUUUACCUUUCAGUCAAAUUAUCACAGUUAGGGUUCCUCCUCUUCCUUCUCUAGCUACUGAGUCACACCAUACGAUUCUUCAUAACAUGGGGUCAGUCCCCGAUCCAGGCGAGUUGAACGAGUUAACUCAGCCGAGUUUCGACGAGUUUCAGCGCCAAACCUCACUGAUGACGAGCUGCACGCUUCUCUGGAAAGAACUCUCCGAUCACUUCACAACGCUCGAGCAGAAUCUCCAGAAGAAAUCCGACGCUUUGAAACGGAAGCUCCAGACGUUAGAUUCUGAAACCAAAACCUCACUCGUGAACCUCAAGAAACGGGAGGUUACAAUUGACGGAAGCGUAGAGAUCGCGAUGGAGCGCGUCGAUGAACAUAAGGAAGCGGCUCUGAAGUCAGUUGCAGGCUCCGACGAUCAUCCUGACGGCGAGGUGGAUAACGGCGACGGAUUAUUGGAGAUUCUGAAGUUAUUCUGUUUGAAGAUGAAAUCAGUUGAGUUUUGGAAAUUUAUCACGACGAGGAAGAAAGAAAUCGAGGUUUUACGUAGUCAGAUUCCGGUAGCGUUAUCGGAAUGUGUUGAUCCUUGUAGAUUCGUAUUAGAAGCUAUAUCGGAGGUUUUUCCUGUGGAUAAACGGUGCGAUAAGAGCGGAAAUGAUUUAGGCUGGGCUUGUGUUUUGACUCUGGAGAGUUUGAUUCCGGUUGUUGUUGACCCAGUAAUCGGGAAAUCACGACUAUUAGUGACGCCAAGUGUUAAAAAAAGGGCGACGAAUAUUGCGGAGACGUGGAAGAGAAGUUUGGAGGAGCGAGGUGGAAUUGAGAAUGUGAAAACGCCAGAUGUGCAUACGUUUUUGCAGCAUUUGGUAACUUUUGGGAUUGUUAAGAAGGAGGAUGUUGAUUUGUAUAGGAAGCUUGUUGUUGGUUCGGCUUGGCGUAAACAGAUGCCGAAACUUGCUGUUUCUCUUGGUUUGGGUGAUAAAAUGCCUGAUAUGAUUGAAGAACUAAUUAGUCGGGGGCAGCAGCUUGAUGCCGUGCAUUUUACUUAUGAAGUUGGCCUGGUGGACAAAUUUCCCCCUGUUCCUUUGCUGAAAGCAUUUCUGAAGGAUGCGAAGAAGGCUGCAGCUUCUAUCUUGGAGGAUCCUGAGAAUACUGGUCGAGCUGCGCACCUUGCUGCUCGAAAGGAGCAGUCAGCACUCCGAUCUAUCAUCAAGUGCAUUGAAGAAUACAAACUAGAGGCUCAGUUCCCACCGGAGAAUCUCAAAAAACGUCUUGAACAGCUAGAGAAGGUCAAGCCCGAGAAGAAAAGGCCAGUUGCAGUUCCUGCCAACAAAAGAACCCGCACUAGCAACAAUGGGCCAAUGCCUCCAGCCAAGGCUGGCCGCUUGAUGAACGCUUACGUGUCAUCUUUCCCACCGCCUCCCGCAUUUGUUAGGUCUCCCUCACACACGCAGUAUCCAAGUCCCGUGGCAGCUUAUCCUUCUCCGCCGCCCGUUUAUGGCACCAGGAGCCCACCAUCUCCAUAUGCUUACUCUCCAGAACCUGUUCCUCCUCCUCCUCCUCCCAUGGCUGGAUCAUAUCCUGGAGCUCCGUUGAGUUAUCCCGCAUAUGGAGGGUAUGUAAAUGGGUAUGCUCCAGCUUAUCAGCAGGCUUACUACCGAUAGACAUGACUACUACUCUCGACAAAGUCGGUAACCACUACUGAUAUGAUGACAUCAAUCUCAUUUGCUUUCUCAACUGGCUUGUUUGUAAUCACUAACCUUUUUAAUGGUAGCGAUGUGUGUGUUAAUUAAUUAUAACUGUUAUAUACUUCUUGCUUUAUCAUCAUGGUAAGAAGCUGUAUUUCUAAUGUUGAUCAAACUGUAGCUCUAGGUGAUUGUGAAAGUCAUCCUAAUGAUGGAAACAUAACUAUGUUGAACUACAAGUACUAUGAUUGAUUCUAGGAUUAGUUUGUACUUUGUAGAGAA